AGCGCCCGUCGAGUGAGGGUGUAUGAAUUUUCGCGCCGAAACGUCGCGCCAAAAUUACGAAAUUGUGUUUAAAACUUUUGCGAAUAAAACUUCUCAUGUGCUACUAACGUUUAAAUAGUUUUAAUCAAUAAUAUUGUUUAAAGUGAAGUGUUUCUUAUUUAUACAUAUAAAUCGGAAAUGAUUAAAGGUGAUUUAUUUCGUGUAAAAUGCAAGUUGCAUAAGUGAUCUUUGAAAGCUGAAUUCUUGUAAGAUCAGCGAUGGAGUUAAAAUCACCAAAAGCGAAGAAAAAGUCACCGAUAGCGUGGAAGAAAAUGCUCCGGUCGCCAGCCCUCCUCCUCCUGCUACUAGGUUCGAUAAACUGUGACAUUGACAGCGAUUUGAAUUUAGAACAUUCGAACUCUAGCCAAAGACAAAGUGAUUUGAAAUUAAGGCAUAGACACGAAGUGAGUAACGACAGUUUCAUAGACAAGCGAGUUUUGAGUGAAAUAAAGUACUUGAGGCGGCAUUUAAAUAGGGAGAUUAUUAAUUUCGUAAUGACUGAUGUGUUAAUUGAUGGUGAAAUUGAAAACAGAGUUCAUUUCAAUGGUGUGACGGCUAAGGAGACCUUCGUUGGCGUUGAUGGAAGCGGCCUGAAGCUCCGGCAACUCACCGAUGGCCGCCAUCUAAUCCAAAUAAUAUACACACCGAACGGCGCGAUACAAGACUGCGAAUACAUAAAAGAAGGGAAAUCUGCCCGAAAUUUCCUAAAAACAUUAAGAAAAGAAUUAAAACUGGCGCUUGACGAAGAAAGUUACAGAUUAUCAGAGAAAACGUCAAAUAAAUUCAAAGACGAAAAGUUUUACCGCCAUUUCGGUAAUGUCACAUUUCGAAUUCUGAAAGAUGGCGAGAACUUGCCGCCCGAUGUCGCUGAUUGGCUGAACUACGACAGAUUAAAAAACGAAUGCUUCGAAAGGCACGAGGAAUUGACGUAUAUGAUUGAAAAUAGGAAUAAAGUAAGCGAUGCAACUCUUACAAGGUCACGGAGGUCGAUCAGGGAGAAUUUUAUAAUGCCCGGCACCAAAUGGUGCGGAGCCGGUCAGUUGGCCGAGAGCUACAACGAGUUGGGGAGCGAUAGAGAUGAAGAUAGAUGCUGUAGAUCUCACGACAAUUGCCGAAUGAAUAUCGGGGCUUUUAAACGGAGAUUCGGCUUGUUCAACUUUAGGCCGUACACAAUCUCGCACUGUAAAUGCGAUCGGAGAAAAAAACGCGACGCAAUGGAAUUGCUCCGCGUACCCGGGACUAAAUGGUGCGGGAAGGGUUACUCAGCGACACGGUAUUCCCAGCUCGGUGGUUACACGAGGACGGACAGGUGUUGCAGAGUCCACGAUUUAAGAUGUCCGUUCUGGAUCGGUGGAAUGGAGAAGAAAUUCGGACUUUACAAUUGGCGCGUAAACACGCUUAUGCACUGCAGGUGCGAUGAGAGAUUUCGCGCGUGUCUUAAACUUGCAGAUACGUCAGUUUCGAACAUGGUCGGGAAGCUGUUUUUCAACAUUGUCCAGACGAAAUGUUUCAUACUGAAACCAGUCAAGAUGUGCACGCAGCGAUCCUGGUGGGGGAAAUGUCUGAGGAGGGGUUACAUGAAGCAGGCGUUCUUAAGAGAUAAUCUCCCUUAUUAAAUAUGGCAACAUCUGAGCAAUAAAGAAAAUUCAAAGCAAUAAAGUUCAAACAUAAGUUUGGAAAAUUGAUAAAUCAAUUAUUUAUUUUAGCCUUUCUCAUUAUAGUUAUAACAAAUAAUUCGUAAUGUCAAAAAAAUAUACCUUAUAAUUCCAUGCCUUAGUGCUAAAAGGCCCAAUGUUACCCUCAAAUUUGCUAAUCAAUGCUUAGUACGAACUUCAGAAAACUACUUAGAAGGUACAGCUUCACCAUUAAUUUCACUUUUCAACAUGUAAAAAUAUCUGUCCGCACUCACGAGCGAUAACGUUGUCACUUUGAGAUGCUAGUCGAUGUUCGAUGCUCUUUAACAGCGAAAUAAAUAAACUCAAACCUACAAAAUGUGAUUCCGAUAUCUGUCACUAGAUGGCGCUGUAUGAUUUGACAAAUCACAGUGAACGUUCACGCUAUCGAAUAAGUUAAAAAAAACGCACUAGGCACACUGGAUAGAAACAAUACACAGAUAUUAGUUGUUUUCUGUAUUACACAUAUAAACCUUCCUCUUAAAUCGCUCUGUGUAUGAAUGAAAAUCGCAUUAAAAUCCGUUACGUAAUUUAAAAGAACUAAGCGUACAGACGGCGGGAAACGACUUUGUUUUAUACUAUUUGAGAUAUUAGUGUAAUAUUGUAUAAAUUACUUUCAAAUUUAUUUGACUGAUAUUGAAAUGUCACAUAAAUGUUUACAUUUAAUUUAUAAACAUUGCCCUAUGUAGCACCAGGUCUCAGAAUUAUUUAAAUCGAUCCCAAGUGAUAAUCGAAAUAUAAGGCUUAAGGCUUUAUUAAAUCUAAAUUACAGAAUUAAAAAAAUAUAGUCAAUAGUAAAAAUCUUAUUUAUUAUGUUUAUUAUUUAUUAUAUAGACAUAGAAUACUCUUUUCGUUCCUAUUUGAACAUAAUUUAUUCAUGAUAAUUGUUAGCGCUUCUGUAAAAAACA